AUGCAGAGUGCCAUUGAACGGUAUCUAAAGGAGAAGAACUAUCCAUUGAGCAUCGUGCGAUCGAGAGAGUUUCACUCCUCACAAGAAAUCCUCAAUGCGAAAGCAAUUUCCCUACGUCAACAAGGAAAGGGAAAGAGACCCAACAAAGCUCAGCCAAUCACACCUGAAGAAGAGUCAGCCCUGUGGGAAAAAGGUCAGUUGGGUGAUUUUAAUGGAAAGGUCUUGACCAAUGUCAACUUCAAAAAUUUGACAGAACAACUGGGAUUUCGUGGUCGCCAAGAACACUACGAUGCAUACGUGGAAGACGUAAUUAUAACACAGCGAGAAGAUGGAACUGAAGUUGUUGAGUUCAGGGAAGGUCCCACUAAAACGCGGAGCGGUGGUCUCACCAUCAGGCGAAGAACAACACCACAGGCAAUGUUCAGCACCGAUGGCAGAAAAAGCGAUCCAGUGCGGCUAUUCAAGCUUUGGUUGUCCAAGCGACCCGAAGGAAUGAAGAACACAGGGCCACUCUAUCUUAGCAUCAUAAAUCGUCCUAAAUCAGCAGAUGUUUGGUACACCAAAGUUCGAAUGGGACAAAACACCAUCGGCAAUUUAAUGAAAUCCAUGGUGUGGUGAUGGCCAAUAUAUAAGCAGAUUAACACGGAUUAAACCUUUUGAAGUGUUUUAAUUCACUGCACACGACUUUUACAACACGCCAUGCUUUCCGCUACCCGAGAUACAACUCGAACCUACAUUACACCAUGUAUGCGGCACGAAAUGUCUCAAUAGCCUAAACACUACAUUCCCUUCCUUUGUCGCAAUUAAUUGCAGUUAAUUGAGUUCAAGAAAAAUAUCUUUAUAACGAGCAACAACAAUAUCAAAUACUCAUAAACAAUAUGAGGGUUCAAACUGCAAACUGUUCUGAACAAAAUCAUGUUCAGUGAAAAGUCUAAAAAGUUCAAACAAGUCAGUUCAUUUGUCCAGGACAAAGUCUUUAAAUCUUCCAGGCAAUUUCGUAGCACGGGUUGGUCUGCUUCUUGUCUCUGCCGUACUUGAGGUUGUGUUAGACUCAGGCAUUGCUGGAGCUGGGCUUGGGGGUUUGCUUCUCUGGAACUCUGUUCAGGAGGAGAAGACUCUGGCUCUCCAGGGGUGUUGUAAGGUUUGACAAAAGAGCUGUUUCUCCUGCACAAGGUGCCAUUGUCUGCUUUCAAGGUGAGUUCUUGUCCUUCCUUGGUCUGGACGGUGUAUGGCUGAGGUUCAAACUUUGGAGUCAGCUUACCAGGUGAUUUGGUGUUUUUAAGCAGAACCUUGUCACCAGGGACUACUGGGUUGAAAGUUGCAUUCCUUUGCUUGUCAGCAUAGAGCUUACUAGACAAUUUGUGGUUCCAGUCUCGGUCUCUGAUGCUUUCAUCCAGCAGGCUCUUGUUGGGGCGUAAUUCAGGCAGUUUUGUUUUCAACUCUCUUCCGAACAUUAGAGAUGCUGGGGUCAUCCCAGUGGUAGAGUGAGGAGUUGUUCGGUAUGCCAACAGGAACUUGUUCAGCUCAUCUUUCCACCUCUUUCCUUCCACUUGGGCUAUCUUGAGCACUUUAAGCAAGGUUCGGUUUUGUUGUUCAACCUCACCAUUGGCUUGGGGCCAAAGUGGAGGAGAUUUUCGAUGCUCGAUGCCAUUCUUAGACAGGAACUCUUCGAAUUCUUCCGAUACAAACUGAGCUGCAUUGUCAGACUUGAGGGUAAAUGGAUAGCCGUAACGUACAAAGAUCGGUGUUAGUGCUUCUAUCAUGUUCUGUGAUGUUGUUGACCGCAUAAUUACCACUUCAAAGAAACGGCUGUAGUAGUCUACUACUACAAGUAAACUCUCUCCAGAAGGAAGUGGACCCAACACAUCAAUAGCUACAUCUUGCCAGGGUCCUGUUGGUGGUUCUACUCUCUGCAUUGGUUCAGGUGUACAGAAUCCACUCACUACUUGACAUCCGUGACAGCUUUUACAGAUUCGCUCAGCAUCAGUGUCCAUUUUAGGCCACCACACUUUGGUUCUGAGUCGGCUCUUCAUCUUGACUAUGCCUUGAUGACCUUCAUGGGCUAAAUGUAAGACUUGUUUUCUCAGGCUCUGGGGUAUGACAAUUCUUGUACCACGCAACACCAGUUUUCCAAGCACACAUAGUUCAUUCUUCACACACAGGAAAUGGGGCAUUUUGCACUGAGACCAGUCUCCACUCUGAAUGUAAUGUCUCACGCUGGUCAGUUCAGGGUCUUCUUCUGAUGCACGUUCUACUUCUUUCGCUGUUAACACCACAGGUGUGCUCUCUUCUGCAAUCGUUUUCUCUCCACUUCUGUCCUUUUGGUCCAGGGAGUUAAGUCUUGACAGGGCGUCUGCAAUGUUGGUUUUUCCAGGACGAUACACAACUUGGAAGUUGUAGCUUUGCAGGCGGAGCACCCAUCGUUCGAUUCUUGCAGAUGGCUUGGAUGUACUCUUGUAAAUACAUUCCAGAGGUUUAUGGUCAGUCUCAAGUUCAAAGU